AUGGAGAACCAUGCGCUGGUGGAACAGCAAUGCUACGAUGACGUCCGGAAAAGCGGUUAUCUCCGCAAGCAGAAAUCUAUGCACCGGCGAUUUUUCGUUCUGCGCGCGGCUUCGGACCUCGGCCCUGCCCGCCUGGAGUACUACGAGAACGAGAAGAAAUUCCGUAGCAAGUCGCCCGUUCCGAAAAAAAUGGUCAACCUGGAGUCUUGCUUCAACAUCAACAAACGGGCGGAUUCCAAAAACAAGCACAUGAUAGUGCUCUACACGCGUGGAGAGAGCUUUGCCAUUGCAGCAGACAGCGAGGAGGUCCAGAACGAGUGGUACCAGGCCAUGUUGGACCUACAGUGCAGAAGUAAAACACCGGAUGACAGUGGGAGCGGGGGCGACUGCAGCAGUCUUCCCUCCCCAGGGCCGGCCUUCAAGGAGGUGUGGCAGGUGAAGGUGUGGCCUAAAGGCCUGGGCCAGGCCAGGAACCUGGUGGGCAUCUACCGCCUCUGCCUGACCGACAAGACGGUGAACUUCGUCAAGCUCAACUCGGACGUGGCGGCCGUGGUGCUGCAGCUGAUGAACGUGCGACGCUGCGGCCACUCUGAGAACUUUUUCUUCAUCGAGGUGGGCCGCUCGGCCAUGACGGGGCCCGGAGAGUUCUGGAUGCAGGUGGAGGACUCGGUGGUGGCCCAGAACAUGCACGAGACCCUGCUGGAGGCCAUGAAGGCCCUGAGCGAGGAGUUCCGCCAGCGCACCAAGACCCAGUCCGUAGGGGCCUCCGCAGGCGGGGGCACCGCCUCCAACCCCAUCAGCGUGCCCUCGCGCCGCCACCACCCCAACCUGCCACCCUCACAGGUGGGCUUCUCCAGGCGUGCCCGCACCGAGACGCCUGGUGGGGCAGGUGGUGGUGGCGGCGGACUGGGCAGCACCAACACCUCCCCCACCCCCCGGCACGGCUUCUCCCGCUCCAGGACGGCCAGCAUCGGGGCGCGCACGGACGACAGCACAGGCUCCAGCAUGGCCCGGAGCACGGCCCCCAGCACCAGCCCCAGCCUCAACGGAUCCUCCUGCUCCACCACGCCCACCCUGAGGCCCAAGCCCACACGCGCGCCCACCCCGGCCAAGAUCACCCUCAGCCUGGCCAGGUACACACCCAACCCCGCGCCCUCUCCGGCACCCAGCCUCUCCUCCAGCUCGGGCCACGGCUCCGAGUGUGGCCUGAUCACGGUAGCCGGCGGCUGCGGCUUCGGCACGGUGCCCAUGCCCAGCAUGCCCAUCUCCGCCUACGCCCGCGUGCCCCAGCACCGCGUCUCCAUGUCAGGCUCGCCCAGCGACUACGGCUCCUCGGACGAGUACGGCUCCAGCCCCGGGGAGCACUCCCUGCUGGGCUCGGGCCCGCCGGCCAUGUCCAUGGUGGGCCUGGGGCUCCAGGGAGGCUCCUCCAGCUACAUCGUCAUGGGCAACAGGGACGCUGCAGGCGGCUCGCACUCCCAUCAUCACCACCACCACUCCCACCACCAUCACCAUCGCUCCCAUGGUCGCAGGAUGCUGCGCCGCUCCUCCAGCCGGGAGUGCAAGGCAGAGCGGAGGCUGCUCAGCAAGCGGGCGUCCCUACCGUCCACCGCCACCCAGGAACGCCUCGUGCCGCAGGGGGGACGCAGGGAAGACGAGGAGGACGAGGACGAGGACUAUGCUGUCAUGUCACGCAGCGUCAGCCGGGAGUCGUUCACGUCCAGACGCGGGUCCUCAGGAGGAGGAGGCGGGGGAGGGCAUAGUGGUGGCACCGGCCACACAGGGCAUGGCAGCGGUAGCGAUAACUCUCUACCGUCCCAGAAAGUGGACUCCACCACCACCACGGCGAGGGAGGGCGAGACGUCCCUGGACAGCGGCUACAUGUCCAUGCUGCCUGGCGUAACAGCCACCACCUCCGUCUCACUCUCGCUCUCCAUCCCCAUGGCCGACGGCAGCUCCAAGGGGGGAACGGACGAAUACAUGGCCAUGACGCCCAACAGCAGCGUGUCCCCUCCGCAGCACGGCCGGCUGCCCAGCGGCUCCGAGGCCGGCUACAUGAUGAUGAUGUCGCCCAACAGCAGCGGCUCGCCGGACCUGCACGGCCACCACCACGGCCACCACGGGCUGGCGGGCAGCAGCGGCGCGCUGUGGGGCAGCCGCGGCAGCGUGGAGAGCCGGGCGGGCAGCGACUACAUGAACAUGUCGCCCAUCAGCGCCCGCUCGGCCUGCAGCACGCCACCGUCCUCCACGCACGCCGACCACCACCACGGGCACCAGCAGCAGGCGUCCUCAUCCUCCGCGCAGCAGCAGCCCAAGAUGGUGUACUCGUACUUCUCGCUCCCGCGCUCCUACAAACACACCUCGGCGCUCUCCGCACGCUUCGAGGACGACCUAGGGCAGGGCAAGAGAGCCGAGGUGGGUGGUGGUGGUGGUGGUGGUGCUGGCACCGCUGGUAGGAGAGGCGGGAGGAGGGGCUACGCUGGCGGGCAAGAGGACCCGGGAAACGUGGGCCACCCUGGGGGUGGCCAGCUCUCCCUCUCCUCCUCCUCCUUCUCCUCCAGCUCGGCCAGCAGUGAGAGCUUGGAGGACCGGCCCAUGUCCCUGUCCAUGCCCGGAGGAGGUGGUGGGCGGAUGGGGAGAGUAGGGGGUGGCAGUGUGGGUGGGUUCUCGGUGGGGGGAGCACGGGGCAAGGACUUAUCAGCGCACCACCACCAUCACCAGCACCAGCGGCAGAAACAAGCCCACGCACAGCAGCAACAGCAGCAGAGGAAAGGCCGGCACUCCGGCUUCUUCGUAGACAUGUCCAAAGCCAACACCCUGCCCCGGGUGCGAGAGAACCUUCUACCCGCAGUGGGUCAGAGUCCCGGGGAGUACGUGAGCAUAGCCUACGGAGAGGAGUGCGUCAUCGGUAGAGGGGGGAGAGGGAGAGGUCAGCGGGGCGGGGGAAGGAUAGACUCGUCGGGGUUGUCGGUGGCUUCGGGGCCCCCAAGGCCCUUGCACAGGCCUCCCCCCUGCCCCAGCAGCGGUGACAACCUCCCGCGCAGCUUCUCUGCCCCGCUGGCCUCCGCCGGCUCCUCCGAAUACGUCAACAUGGACUUGGGGAACGCGCCGUCCCCUCUCUCGCCGCGUCACCACACCACGCUCUCCACCUUCUCCCCGGGUCACGCUCCGCUGGCCGCCAAGAGCAGGGAGGAGCGUGGCAACGUUCCGCAGACGGGACAGGAGGCCGAGACGACGACGUCGUCGGGUCGGCGGAAAGCCGGCACGCUGGCCCUGGUUCCCGCCGACAUCCCGGCCGCCUCGUUCACGGAAUACUCGGAGAUGGUGUUUGUGGACCCCUCGGUGGCGCCACAGUGUGCCAACCCGUCGCAAACACACAGCGCACAGUCAUCGUCGUCCUCCAUGACCGCCCAGGACGAGCCUACCGCUAAGCCCUACUCCAGCCCAGACAGGGGCAGCACCUCCAGGCUGGUCAGGGCCGAUCCGCUCACCAGGCGGCGGCACCGCUCCGAAACCUUCAUCCCUCCCCCGGCACUGGCCUCGGCCUCCCCGUCCCCGCUCUACUACGAGGGCACCCAGGUGGUGUCGUCCUCCUCCACGCCUCACCGUGUGGGGCUGGAGCCUUCCCCAUGGAGCAGCAGCAGCAGCACAGGACAGACCGUGAGCCCCCCCAACGCGGCCGGAGCUCCGUCGUCAUCGGACCCUCUGGAGCAGGGGCUGAACUACAUCGAUCUGGACCUGGCCUCUAAGGAGGCGCCCCAGGCAGGGCUGGAUGGGUCCAGCUCGGUGGGGGUGGGGGCUGGUGGCACAGGGUCCUCCAUCAACACGUACGCCAGCAUUGACUUCUACAAGUCUGAGGAGCUCAGAGCGCACCAGAACAACAGGAACGAUUGCAAAGACUGCUGAGCUCUGCCCCCUCCUGCCUGCAUGGGUCUGCCAUGGUGGUCCAGGCCCCUGUCCUUGGACGCACGUGUGGCCUCUGUUUGGAUUUUCAUCUCCAACAUCGUCACAAGGGCACUGGACGCGCCCAGGUGGCCUCAGAAGCACCUCCCUCCCUCCCCCUCUUACUCUUCCACCUACAAGUCCUCUUACUCCUCCUCUUCCACGACACUCGUUCUUCAUCCUUUCAUCCAUUCGUUACAAUCAAAUGAAAAUGUGUGCCAAAAGACAACUGGUGGUAUGCACUGAGACGGACACGUCCCUCAGCCAAUCACGAGGGACUCCAAGCGACUCUGACUGCCAACAAAGAGCCAAUGAUUUUUCCCCCCCUUUUUUCUUUUAUUUUUUUGCUUCACCAUUUUAAUGAAAUUGUAAUACAGAUGUUAUAGAUUACGAGAAAAAAAAUAUAUAGAAUACAUAAGAUUACCGAAUAGACAUCUAUAUACGACUUUUUUUAAAAAGUGCCUCAUUUUUCGAUUGUAGCCAUUUUUACACAGAGAAAAAAAAUCGGAACUGGUCUAUGACAGAAAACCUGAUGUAUGUAUGUUUUCCUCGUCUUCUUCUAUGUCAUGUUCUUUAU